AAGAUGAGAUACAGAUAUUUAAAGGUCUGUGCUUUAAAGAAAAUGUCACUACUGUACACAAAAAUAUUUUAAAUAAAUAUAUUUAUCACGUGAUAUUUAUGUCAGGACAAGCUUCAAGCUUCACCAUUUAUUUUUUGCUUUGAUCUCAUUCACAAUGACAUAAGACCCUUGUUUAAAAAAUGUGAAUUUAUUUAUUAAUUGUUUUGCAAUGAAAAUCAACAUAUUAGGUAGCAUGUGCGUACGUUUAGGCCCGUGAAAGAGGUCAAUCAUUAAUGCACACAAGAUUGACACAGCCAUGUUGACAAACUAAGUUUAUCUGUGCUUUUGGAAAGAAAUAUCAAACGUUCCUGAAGCCUUUCAAGGACACCAGACGCGUGGCCUACAAUUGGUGAAAAACAAAAACUAACAAAAAAAAAAAGAAAAGUGCUCAGGAAGGGCUUCAGGCUACUCGGUAACUGACCCAUGUUACCAAGUUUGAUUCUGGCUUUAAUAUUCCAUUUGAAGUCUGUUAUUGGUGUUUGCCAACAUGAGGACCAGAGUUGUGCAAAAGAAAAUCAAGGAAGCCAUUAUGAGUCUGAGAAACGAUUAAAAAAAACAAAAAAAAAAAACAGUCAGGGACCUAGGCCAAACAUUAGGCUAACCACAAUCAACUGUUUAAAACAGUAUUUAGACGAAAGAGAGCCCUGAUUGAGCUCAACAAUCACAAAGAGCCACUGACUGUUUUGUCAUAUUUCUCAGCCUCAUAAUUGCUUCCUUGACUUUCACUGGCAUAACUCUGGUACUCAUGUUGUUAAAUGCCAAUAACAGUCAAAAGCAUCUAAACUAGGUCUAAGCUGUCAUACCUGCAUUAAGGAAGCAAUUGUACACACCUGACUAAUCAGAAGCUCCUGUGAUGCCAUUUAUCCCAAACAUCAUGACGCCCUGAAAUGGGGGGACUGUGUGUAAAAAGUGCUGUAAUUUCUACACAGUGAAACCAAAAUAUAUAAAAAUGUUGAGAGUCUGCACUUCAAUCACAUGUGAGCAGUUUGAUUACAAAUAUAAAAUGGUGGAGUACUGAGCCAAAUCAUAAAAAAUAUGUCUUUCUCACUGUCGCAAACAUGAUUACAUUACAGCAUGAGAGAGAGGGGACAUGAAUUUUUAAUUCCAUUAUGUUGCUAGUUAGAAGUUUGCAUAAGACUAUUACAAAUAUUUAACACCACGUUUAUAAUAUAUUCUAUUUUUCCUCUAAUUUUCUAAUUUUAUGGGUCAUAAUAGAGAAAAUGAAUUGAAAUUGUGCAUUGCUCCACCAUUUUAAAUUUGGGAAACUAGAGAUGUGGAACGUUAUCUUGCUGUGAUGGUACAACACCUCCUCAUCUAUUGGGGGAAGGGUUUCAUAACUCCGUCCUGUCUGUACUUCUGAGACGUCUUUAGUGUGAGCGUUUGAGAGCUGAUGAGCCUCCGGGGGAGCAUCAUCUGGUUUUACAGUCGCUUCUUUGCAGCUCGACAGACUGGAAGAGAGAAUGGGAGAGUGGGACUUUCUGGGACGGCUUCUGGACAAAGUCCAGACCCACUCCACGGUCAUCGGGAAGGUCUGGCUGACCGUCCUGUUCGUCUUCAGGAUCCUGGUCCUGGGGGCCGCGGCGGAGAGGGUGUGGGGGGACGAGCAGUCCGACUUCGUCUGCAACACGGAGCAGCCCGGGUGCGAGAACAUGUGCUACGACCACGCCUUCCCAAUCUCCCACGUCCGCAUCUGGGUGCUGCAGAUCGUCUUCGUCUCCACGCCGACCCUGGUCUACCUGGGGCACGUCCUGCACGUGGUCCACAUGGAGAAGAAGUACAGGGAGAGAACGCGUAAGCAGGCAGAGGAGGAGCUCAGCAGCCUGAUACUGAGGAACGGGUACAAGGUCCCCAAAUACUCAGACAGCAAGGGGAAGGUCAGCCUGCACGGUCGACUCCUUCAGAGCUACCUGGUGAACCUGCUCUUCAAGAUCUUGCUGGAAGUGGGGUUCAUCCUGGGGCAGUACUACUAUUACGGCUUCACCUUGCAGGCCCGCUACGUCUGCAGCCGGUUCCCCUGCCCGCACCAGGUGGACUGUUUCCUCUCCAGGCCCACAGAGAAGACCAUCUUCAUUUGGUUCAUGCUGGUGGUCGCCUGUGUCUCCCUGGUCCUGAACCUGGUCGAGAUCCUCUAUCUGUGCACCAGAGCCGUCACCAAGUGCAUGGACAAGAAGCAGGGUUACAUGGUCACUCGCGUAACUCCAGUCCUGCAGAGAAACGAGUUCAAAAACAAGGACCUGGCCAUCCAGAACUGGGUCAACCUGGAGCUGGAGCUACAGGGAAGGAAGCUAGGCAGUGGGGUCACUAAAAGCCUGGAAUCAGAGGACGUUAGCACCAACAUGGAGGAGGUCCACAUCUGAACUGCUGCUUUGAGGCACAAACUUAACUGUAAAGCACUUUGCCCUGAAAACUGGGUCCUGUGUUGGCAGGUGUUGUAGGUUUAAUUUCUUACAGGGUGAAUAAGAUUUCCGUCACUGUCAAGCUCAUUCUGUAAGCUGUUAAAAAAGUAAUAUUUCCUCAGUUUUUAUUAAAAUUUAAUCUUGCCCUGUUAUUUUCAUGCAUCUAAGUAGUUAUGAAAUUACAUGUGUCUUUAAAUCAUAUGACACCCUGUGCCAGUUUCUGUGAGUUAUGUUUCCAUUUCUUGUAAGUUCUUAUGUACUUUCAUGCGCACAUGCAAUUUUUUUCCUUUUUUUUCUUAAGAUCUUUACCAUAUAAAACAAACAUAUAGUCACAUUAUUGCCAAAUAUCUAUCUCAGAAAAUAUAUGCACUGUAACAUUCACUUGGUUUUUUUACCGUUAUUUCAGUUGCUUUUCAGUCAUUGAUA